GCCUCCCAAAGUGCUGGGAUUACAGGCAUGAGCCACUGCACCUAGACUUUGACAUUUCUAGUGAUACCACAGUAUAACUGCUGUUAACAAAUUGCUGUAUUGGUAUCAAUCUAGAACAGUGAUUCUCAAACAUGGGCAACAGAGGCCGGGGAUGCAACUAAACAUUUUACAAUCUUACAGGACAGCCUUCACAACAAAGAAACAUCUGGCCCAAGAUGUCAGUAGUGCUGAGAAAAAGAACCCUGUUCUGGAAAUAUCGAAAGGCAAUGCAUAUAAGUAUCUGCAGGACCAAAAUGGAGGAGACACCACAGCAUUGCCUGUCCAGAUUGCCAGACAACUCUGCCCUGAAGCAGCAGGAGUUACCCGCCCACCGGCUGUAUUUCACGGCCAGGAGAGUCCUCUUUGUCUUUUUCACAACAGGAAUAUUCUGCCUUUGUAUGGGCAUCAUCCUUAUAUUGUCUGCAAGGAGCACUCAGGAAAUAGAGAUUAAUUACACAAGAAUAUGUGCAAAUUGUGCAAAACUGCGGGAAAAUGCCUCUAAUUUUGACAAAGAAUGCACCUGCUCUAUUCCCUUUUACCUUUCAGGAAAAAUGAUGGGUAAUGUUUAUAUGUACUACAAAUUGUAUGGCUUCUAUCAGAACCUGUAUCGAUAUGUUCGAUCCAGAAGUAAUAGACAACUGGUGGGCAAAGAUGUAAAAGCUGUUGAGGACUGUGCCCCAUUUAAAAUGUCCGACAAUAAGACCCCCAUCGUUCCUUGUGGUGCUAUUGCCAACAGCAUGUUCAAUGACACCAUAAUUCUUUCACACAACAUUAAUUCAUCUGUACAAAUCAAAGUGCCAAUGCUAAAGAGUGGACUUACGUGGUGGACAGAUAAGUAUGUCAAAUUUCAGAAUCCAAGUUCCAAGAAUCUUGCUGAUGAAUUUAGAGGAACCACAAAGCCUCCAAACUGGCCCAAGCCUAUCUAUGACUUGGAUAAAAAGGAUCCAAGAAACAACGGCUUCCUCAAUGAUGACUUCAUUGUGUGGAUGCGGGCAGCUGCCUUUCCCACUUUCAAAAAACUGUAUGGUCGACUCAAUCGAACACACCAUUUUAUAGAAGGCUUGCCUGCUGGUAAUUACAGUUUCAACAUAAUCUAUAGUAUCCUUUCAUACCACUUUUCUUUCUGGAGAUGAAAGAAAACCUGGCUGCUGGUUGUUGAGAUUCUAUACUUUUCUAUUUUCCAAUCAAAUCUGUAUACCAAAAAAAAAAAAAACCAAACAUGUGUAAGGGAGGAUAAAAUUCUCCUAUUCCCUCCCAGGGGUUAAAGCUGGGACUGACAGAUUAACAACAGAAAAGCAUAUGAAUGUUAUGCCUUUACACGUACAUGUGAGCCCUUACAAGAAAAAUGGAGACUAAAAAAAGAAGCGACUAAGUCUAAGUGCUCAUAUGCUGAACAAAGAAUGGCAAUUGUAGAAACAUAACUAGGAAGAUAAAGGUUAGUUUAGCAAGGCUUUUUUUGUUUGUUUGUUUGUUUGGUUUUGGUUUUGGUUUUGCUUUUUUUUGUUUUGGUUUUUGUAGAAUUCUCUCAGUCUCGACUCUCUGGGAGGCCGCGGCAGGCAGAUCAUGAGGUCAGGAGUUUGAGACCAGCCUGACCAACAUGGUGAAACCCGGUCUCUACU